AUGAUCCUCUCCCGCCUCCUAUCCAUCACCCUCCGCUUCGCGCAAUCCGUCUGUGCAGCCGUAGUCCUAGUCCUGGCAUCCACCCUCCUCCACCAAAUCCGCCACAAAGACGACAGCGACUGCCAUGGCCGCCUCAUCUACAGCGUCAUGAUAGCCGGCAUAUCGGUCGUCGCAUCCCUCCUCUGGCUCCUACCAACUACCUCUCAUAUCGUCAAUCUAGUUGGUGACGUGCUCUUCUGCGGCGCGUGGUUCGCUGUCUUCGGCUUGCUACAGGAUUACUACGCGAACGGCAUGGGCUGUGGUAGUAUCUGGGCGUGGGAUGGGAUGACGGUUAUGAAUGGGAUGUGCAGUAGGUGGAAUGCAGCUCAGGCGUUUUCGUUUCUGAGCGCGGUGUUUUGGUGCGUGAGUUUUGGGUUGGGGGUCGUGGUUUGGAAGAGGGGUGGUGGGAAGCGGGGAGGUGCAGGUGGAGUGUAG